AAUAUUUUGCAUUUGGUGAUUGUGUCGGCAUUACGAAUCGUUCAUUACUUCAACUAGCUCAUGUGAAAAAUCUUAAUACGCUUGAAAUAUUUUUUGGAAACAAUAUUACAAAUGAAACUCUCAUUCUUAUAACACAGGGUUGUUCGAAAUUGAAAAACUUACAUAUCUGGGAUUGUGGAACUCUUGAUGACAUUGCUAUCAUUCAGGUGGCUAUUAAUCUGAAUAUAAAUCUCGAAUCACUUAUCCUUCAUAAUCCUCAAUAUAUUACCGACCAAUCACUUAUUCAUGUCGCUAGCAGAUGUACAAAUCUGCGUCAUCUGGGAUUAGAACCAUGUGAGGGAGUAACCAACACUACUUUAAUUGCGUUAGCAAAUAAUUCAUAUCUUUUAGAAUCCGUUCAAAUCUCGUUAAAUCGAGCUGGUGGUUUUUCUGAUGAAGGCUUUUUAUAUUUAUCUGAACGCCUGAGAAAGCUUAGUAAGAUUACUUUUCAAAGUUCAACACCACUUGUCACCGAUGUCACGUUAAGCAUGUUGGCAGUUAGAUACGUCACGUCACUCACAUGUCUUCAUCUUUACAAUUGCAAUUUUACUGAUGCAUCUCUUAUUGCAAUUGCUCGUAAUAGACCACCUAUUAAUGAAUUAUGUAUUUUUGACCUAAUGAAAAUUAAUGAUGAUUCG